ACAUUAUUUUUUAAAUGUUUGCGUUUGAAAAUAAUUGGCGGACUACAUAGUCAUUGUACUCGAUCGUAGAUGUACGAGUACCUAGACAGCAAGAGGCAAGACUACUACAUGACUUUGUAGUACUACUACUAGUACUAGUUCAUUCAGUAACACUCACUGGAGCAGUGCAUAGCCUGGUGUUGGCCAUUAGGUAUUUCUGGUAUUUGCAGAUCACUUGUAUGGAGUCGACCCUGGUAGUUACAUAGAGGAGAGUCGUGUUUUGCUAAUCGGUUGACGUUCGUUAGCUAGCGGUGUUUUGAUCUUACUCGUACAAACUACCCCAGCGUAGCGUGCACUGUGACGAGCAAGCUGUUCAGUGUACUGGACAGUCAUAUGGAAGAACCAUACAAGGUCACUGAGAUAGCUCGCCACAGCUAGUCACUAUGGACGCUAAAGCCCUCGCUGACCAUCUAACCAACUUUUACUCUGGAAAGACAGCAGCACGUCGACUCGCCGAUGAUGAAGUUGCGGCAAACGUCAUGUGCAGGGUGUCCAUGGUACAAAGUGGUACUGUGCCGACAAGGCUGAGUGAGGCAUCAGGACGGCGCACGGCGUUCGUUGCCGGCCGAGAUACUGCCUGCCGCGUUCUGCCAUGCAAGUCACCGUAUGAUGUCCUGCUCGCCCUCGGUCUAACACGCGAGUUCAUCACCCUCAAGUGCGAGGUGGACAAGAAUGAUGCAUGGCUGUUGCUCUUCCAGGCCAAGAUUGUCGAAUGCGAUAACAGUCAUGGUGCUGCUCUUGCCCAGGCUAAUCAACAAGACGUGCCCGAUGACAAACCCGCGGACGCUCACUUGCCGAAGGGCGUGCCAGCAACGUGGAGCGGUAUCGUGGAGCUUUGCCGCCAGUUCUACCCCGGUGCCGUGCCUGACGUGAUGCGGCAUCUGAGCGAGUUCCGUGCGCGCUCAGUUGCCGAUUACGAGAAGGCCCACGGCGUGAAUUUUCUCUCAAUAAAACGAUCGCCCAGCCAGUUAAUGGACUAUAGCAGAUUCAUGGCACUUGCAGCUCCUCGCUCGGCCUGGCAAACGCGUCUUUUUCUCUACUGUGAAUUACGCCUCUUGGAGCUCUUUACUGGUCAAGGGUUUACGAAGAAUGAGUCGGAUGCUGUCACAGUGGGAAAUGAAGACCAUUGGCCGUGUCUCCGAGAAUGCGUGUGUGAAAAUGCCGAGCUGGCCACACAGCUGAGCUCCGGUACGGCAUCUCUCAUCAAACUGCAAGUAGUACUGCCGGAUGAACUGCAGUAGUAAUUAUUACAAUGGUGAUGUUUGUUUCAAAAGGGUUUGCUCCCUACACUGGAGCUCAUGCUACUAGUAUGUGUUUGUUUGUUUGUUUAGCUUCAUUUUCUUUCACCAUAGGCACAGGAGAAAUGCCUUCUCACUGGGCGUAUUGCCACAGUUCUCGCAAAAUGAUGGAGAUUUUUUUUUAUGUUCACCUUGAAGUUGAUUUUGAAGCAGUGAACUCACUUGAUCGUCGUAUCAUUAUUGAAGGAGCCAGGUCAGUUGGUAUGAUGUGAUGGCAUCUUUGGGCUAAGUUAAUUUAUAGUAAAGAAAGGGACCAAGGAAGUACGUUGUAUUUCUCGCCGGCCGAGCGCAGCGAGAUAGGCGAGAACUGAUUUCUCGCGAAAUAUUUUCAGUUGCAAAUAUGGCAUCUGGUGUGUUCUUUAUUGUCGCUUCUUUUCCUGACUUCUUCUGUCAGUUUUGAGUCUUACCAGUGUCCCUGCCCUCCCACACUUCAUUUAUGUGCAUAUUAUCAUUGCUUUUUAUCACUUUUUGCCAUGAUGUGCUUACCAUGCCUACAUGAUGCCUAAUCGCCAUUGGGGAUAUAUACCCGGUUUUUAUCCCUCACAACUGUGUACGUCGGCGCGAGGGUUUUUUCCCGGCUGGCUCGGUCCAGAAAAAUUAAUCUGACGGUCCCAAGCGGUUCUGCAUCAUGGCCUCUUUUUGCUAUCCACUGGCAUGCCUAUUCUAUCUGAGACACUCUGUUCUCAGUCCUUGCUUCCAUACCUCAUUCGCUAUCCGGUUCACAUCUGGCUGCGGCCAACUACCCUUCA